CCGCCGCUGUUCGCGGUGCCCGGGGACCCGGGCCGCAGGAAGAGCGUCAACAUGACCGAGUGCGUCCCGGUGCUCAGCUCCGAGCAUGUGGCCGAGAUCGUGGGCAGACAAGGUUGCAAAAUUAAGGCUCUUCGAGCAAAGACCAAUACAUACAUCAAGACUCCUGUUCGAGGCGAGGAGCCUGUGUUCAUUGUCACUGGGAGGAAGGAAGAUGUAGCCAUGGCCAAGAGAGAGAUUCUUUCAGCAGCAGAACAUUUCUCAAUGAUCCGGGCAUCUCGCAACAAAACCAAUGGCCUGGCAAGUUUGGCAAGUCCCCCAAACCUGCCAGGACAGACCACAAUCCAGGUGCGUGUGCCUUAUCGUGUGGUGGGGCUUGUGGUUGGACCUAAGGGAGCAACCAUCAAACGGAUUCAGCAAACAACUCACACUUACAUAGUCACUCCAAGCCGAGACAAGGAGCCAGUAUUUGAGGUCACCGGAAUGCCUGAAAAUGUGGAUCGGGCGAGAGAGGAGAUUGAGGCUCAUAUUUCUAUGAGAACUGGCGUCCUUAUUGACUUAACUGCUGACAAUGACUUCCAUUCCAAUGGAACUGAUGUAAGCUUAGAUAGCAUCAGCGCUACUGGAAGCCUUUGGUCCAAGGCCCCAAACCCAGCCCGCAGACCUGCUGCUAGUUUUCGGAAUGACAGCCUAAGCUCCUUGGGGAGCACUUCCACUGAUUCGUAUUACAGUAACAGAUUAGCAGAUACCAGUCCGACGAGUCCUUUCAGCACAGGUAGCGGCAGCUUCUCGUUUGGCGAAUCCCUCACCUCCGCCAAUUCAGAUGAGCGUGAAGUGGUCUUGGAAUAUCCAGCCAUCGACUGUUUAAACGGGCCUCAUAGCAUGAUCUGGUCUCCAUUUGAACAUGGCAACCCCAUUCAGGCUUUUAAUGGCAGUGCCACAGCCCAGAGACGCACUAAUAGCAUCAGUGGCUCUUCAGCUCUGCGAGUUUCUCCAACGAUUUCAGACGGUGCUGCACUUGAGCAUCCGCUGGCCAGGCGUGUGCAAAGUGACCCUUUGGCUAAUCUCGCGUGGCUCCCGAACCAGGCAUCCCUAUCCGCCUUUUCUAACAGUCCAGGCUACUCUUCCUCCUCACUCCCAGGGAGUACCUCAGCAACAUCUGGCUCCCCCACAGACUCCAGUGGUUCUGAAAGUCGGCAGAAAAGCAACCGGGACUGUGUCGUCUGUCGCGAGAGCGAGGUGAUUGCAGCACUCGUCCCUUGUGGUCAUAAUCACUUCUGUAUGGAGUGUGCCAACCGCAUCUGUGACAAAGCUGAGCCCAAGUGCCCGGUCUGCCAAAAACCAGCGUCACAGGCCAUUCGUAUAUUUUCUUAGUGGCAUCAUGUCCUAGCAACUACUUCGGACAACACCCAGGACGGAAUAACCGCUGUACAAUACACCCUAGACAAACCUUAUUUUAUUUCGACUGGAAGACUAUAUUUCCUAGAGGAGAUGUUUACAAAUUAGCUUUAAUUUUAACCCAGUCAUCAUUGGCAAUUUUGGAAUACGUUAGAUAUUGUUAAGCAGUUGUAACCACAUGUGCUGAUUGUGUACUGCUUGUCAAAGUUACUAUGACAGUAUUCAGUUAGAUUUAAAUAAAGGAAAGGUCCGCCGCACUUUGCAGAUAUGAGUUUUUAAAAUUUCUACCUAGCAUUUUAUUUUUUAAUGCACAGAAUAUAUCUUGUACACAUAGCGAUGAGAAGCCAAGUGGUUGUAUGUUUUAUAACACCAGAGUGUGACAGCACCAGUACAGAUUACUAAAUAUUCAAGUUUAUCAUUUGUUUACCUCUUACUGUGUAUAUGUAGGGAAUUUAUAGGACUGAAAAUGUACUUUAUUUGAAUAAAUUUUAAAAAAAACUAAAUAUAUUUUAUUUUAAGAUAAUGGACCUUUAACCUUACAUGGCUAAAGUACUGAUAUAUAUUUGCUGAACUGACUUGAUGGUAUGAAAUUGUAUUAAGAGUUUUAUUUUUUGACUUAAAAAAACCUUCUUAAUAAAGACUUUUUACAGUAUGUU